CUUUUCCUUUUUAGCCAGAGAUCUCUUUGGAUCCCAGGGAGAUACUCGUACAUCAUGCCUCGCAAAAUUGAAGAGAUCAAAGACUUCCUACUGACAGCCAGAAGAAAAGAUGCAAAAUCUGUCAAGAUCAAGAAAAACAAAGACAAUGUUAAGUUCAAGGUGCGCUGCAGCAAAUACCUGUACACUCUGGUCAUUACAGACAAAGAGAAGGCAGAAAAACUGAAACAGUCUCUACCACCUGGUCUGUCUGUGAAGGAACUGAAGUAAAUCUGCUUUUCUGUUGUACAAUAAAAGUCUAAAAAUGCUAA